AUGGAAAACCUUACGUCAGACAACUGGCGGGAGAUCGUGAACAAAAAGCUCCACUUUCCACCAGAGCUGAUCCUUGCCAUCCAAGAGGGCAACAUGGCCUGGGUGGACAGCCUGCUCUCCCUGGGUGACGGGAUCAUCCGUCAACUGGACGAGUCUGAGGACCGGCUCUGGAGAGAAGCCUUGAACCUCUCCAUCCGUCUGGGCAGCGAGGACAUCAUGACUUCCCUUCUCCUGGGCGUCAAGUUUGACUUUCGGCAGAUUCACGAAGCUCUAUUAGUGGCAGUCGACACCAACCAGCCAAGGUUUGUCAAACACCUCCUGGAUCGGCUGGAUCUGGAGAAAGGCAACAAGAUGGACGUUCGCUCCUUCAGCAUGGCAAUCUUCGACCACUCCAUUGAUGAUUCCCAGUUUGCUCCUGGAGUGACGCCACUGACUUUGGCCUGCCAGAAGGACUUGUAUGAGAUCGUGAUGAUGUUGACGCAGAGAGGCCAUGACAUUCCUUUGCCACAUGCGAUUUCUUGCACAUGCUUGGAGUGCAAUAAUGGACGUCAAUACGACUUGCUCAAGUUCUCCCUGUCCCGUAUAAAUACAUACAGAGGAAUUGCCAGCCGUGCGUAUUUGUCGAUCACGUCUGAAGAUGCCAUGCUCAGCGCUUUCCACCUCAGCAAAGAGCUGCGCAAACUGUCGAAGAAAGAACCAGAGUUCAAGCCUCAGUAUCUGGCUCUAGAGGAGCUGUGUCAGGAGUUUGCGGUGGAGCUUCUGGGAAUGUGCCGGAAUCAGAGUGAAGUUUCCACCAUCCUCAACAGUGCUGAAGGGGACAGUGAGGAUGAGGAGCUGGACGAACAGACCUUUGAGGAAGGCAUUCCCAACCUUGCUCGCCUGCGUCUGGCCGUCAACUACAAUCAGAAACAGUUUGUGACUCAUCCCAUCUGCCAGCAAGUGCUCUCCUCCAUUUGGUGCGGGAGUCUGUCCGGCUGGAGAGGGAGUCGAACCACUUGGAAACUGCUGGUGUCUUUGGGGAUUUUUCUGACCAUGCCAAUCCUGUGCCUCAUUUACUGGAUCGCCCCAAAGUCUAAGCUGGGUAAACUGCUAAAGGUUCCUGUGAUCAAGUUCCUGUUGCACUCGGCAUCAUACAUGUGGUUCCUCAUCGCGCUCUUGACAGAGUCCAUCUUAAUGGAGAUCUACCGAACUGAUUUUGCCUCCCGAAAUCAGAACAUUCUUCAUAACUCUCUCCAUAUGGUGUGGGUCGCAGGUUUCUUCUGGUUUGAGUGUAAAGAGGUCUGGAUUGAGGGAUUAAAGAGUUAUUUUCUGGAUUUAUGGAAUAUUCUGGAUAUGAUGGUGCUGAGUAUGUAUCUGGCUUCAUUCACACUUCGCGUCCUCAUCAUGCUGAAGGGAUAUUUCUAUUGUCUGGACUCCAGCACACAAGAGCUCUGUCACUACUUCACCAACACAGUGCGAGAGGACUGGAGGCAGGAGGAUCCUCAGCUGAUUGCAGAGACUCUGUUUGCCGUGACCAGCAUGUUGAGCUUCACUCGUCUUGCCUACAUUCUGCCGGCCCACGAAUCUCUGGGAACCCUGCAGAUCUCCAUGGGCAGGAUGAUCGAUGACAUGAUGAGGUUCAUGUUCAUCCUCAUGAUUAUUGGAACAGCAUUUCUGUGUGGAAUAAACAACAUAUACGUCCCAUAUGUUAUAUCUCCACAUCUUGGCAGACUGAAUGAGACGUUUAACUUCCUCUUCUGGACCAUGUUCGGGAUGGCGAACCAGGGAUAUGUGGACAUGCCUGAUUAUGCUCUGGCGGAGUUUGUGGGACGGAUCUUCUAUGGGAUUUUCACACUGCUCAUCGUCAUAGUGCUGCUGAACAUGCUUAUUGCCAUGAUCUCCAAUUCAUUUCAGAGGAUCGAGGAUGAUGCAGAUGUCGAGUGGAAGUUUGCUCGAUCUAAACUUUACCUCAGCUACUUCAGAGAGGGUCUCACAAUGCCUGUUCCCUUUAAUAUCAUCCCCUCUCCAAAGGCUUUCUUUUACAUCUUGAGAGGCAUCUUCCAAAAGAUCUGCUGUUGCUGCCAGAAGAAAGCUCCAGAAUAUCCUCCCAUCACAUCAGUGUCUAGUAACGCCCUGAAUAGUGGUGGAGGUCAAGGUGAGGGCAGAGUGCCAUACCGCCUGCAGGUCACCAAAGCUCUAGUGCACCGCUACAUCGAAGCCGCACGCAGAGAGUUUGAGGAGAGCACACGGAAAGAUGUCGGGAACAGAAUCACCGAGCUGAAUAAAGUUGUCGGCCGACUGCACACCGAGAUGAAGGACUUCCAGCAGAAGCUGAAGUGGCAGAACAAAGGUGAACCAGACCAGGCCAACAUCCUGGGCAAAUACAUCAUGGGGGCAAAGAACAAUUUCCGGGACUUUGACAAGAAUGAUGCUAUGGGGUGUGAAAACCGUGGUCUGCACUUCCACACUCACCUCAAAGAAGAGAAGAGUAAGGCAGAUGAGGACGUCCAGGAAGAGGAGGAGCCAGAGAGCCCUGUGGAGAUCCACCCUGGAGAAAAGAGCACUUUGGAGACUGCUCAAACUGCUGAUGAGUGAGGAACAAACACUGCACAGCCAUUCCUGAAAAACAAGCUAUUCACAAUA